CACCGCGCCCGGCUCCCACAGGCUCUCCUUCGACAAGGACGCCAUGGUGGCCCGAGCCCGGCGCCUCAUCGAGCUCUACAAGGACGCUGGGGUCAGCAAGGACCGGAUUCUCAUCAAGCUGUCGUCCACCUGGGAAGGAAUUCAGGCUGGAAAGGAGCUGGAGGAGCGGCACGGCAUCCACUGCAACAUGACGCUGCUCUUCUCCUUCGCCCAGGCCGUGGCCUGCGCCGAGGCGGGCGUGACGCUCAUCUCCCCCUUCGUGGGGCGCAUCCUCGACUGGCACGUGGCCAACACGGACAAGAAGUCCUACGAGCCCCAGGAGGACCCUGGAGUGAAGAGCGUCACCAAGAUCUACAACUACUACAAGAAGUUUGGCUACAAGACCAUCGUCAUGGGCGCCUCCUUCCGCAACACGGGCGAGAUCAAGGCGCUGGCAGGCUGUGACUUCCUCACCAUCUCGCCCAAGCUCCUGGGGGAGCUGCUCAAGGACAGCAGCAAGCUGGUGCCCACGCUGUCGGCCAAGGCGGCCCAGGCCAGCGACCUGGAGAAGGUCCACCUGGACGAGAAGGCCUUCCGCUGGCUGCACAACGAGGACCAGAUGGCCGUGGAGAAGCUCUCGGACGGCAUCCGCAAGUUCGCUGCCGACGCGGUGAAGCUGGAGCGGGUGCUGGCGGACCGAAUGUUCAGCGCGGAGAAUGGCAAGUAGCCUGAGGCCGGGCCACAGAGCAGCGCGGGCUUUGGAUCUGGGUCUGAUUGCACAAGUCCGGCGACGAAUCUUUCAUUUUUUACUACUUGCAGCAGGGACGGAUCAUGGGUUUCUGAUUUUGUGUAAAAUUCUGCCUAAUGCAUUAAAGCCGGUGUUUUCUGUGCCA